AUGGGCCUCACGCAAGUCACAGAGGUUCCCGUCGAUUGCCCCUCCGAUGAACAACCACAGCCUCCUCGACAGACAUCUGCUGCCCGAUUCUGGCUCCUGAGUGUUGGUAUCUGUAUCGGAUUGUUUCUAUCCAUCAUCGAUUCCUCCAUUGUGGCGACAGCUUUGUACACAAUAGGUACCGAAUUCCAUGACCUUCCCAACGUCAACUGGAUAGCUCUCGCCUACACAUUGGCCUACCUCGGAUGCGCCGUUGCAUUCGCGCGUCUCUCCGAUGUCAUUGGACGCCGCAAUGCAUUCUAUCUAGCAUAUUUUCUCUUUCUUUCCUUUUCCAUGGGGAGCGGCUUCGCACAAAACAUUCAACAGAUCAUCGCUCUCCGAACUCUUCAGGGCAUAGGAGGCUCCGGCUUGUACUCGUUGACCAUGAUCAUUCUUCCAGAGAUGUGCCCUCCCAGCCAUCUCAAGUUCAUUGGUUCCUUAAUCGGCAUCGUCAUUACUAUCUCUGGCGUUCUGGGACCCGUUCUGGGUGGUCUGCUUACCCAGUUCACUGGGUGGCGAUGGAUAUUCUGGAUCAAUGGCCCCAUUUCUGCGAUUUCCGCGGGCAUCCUUUGGCUCUGUUGGCCAAGUGAAGAACACUACAUCCCUGCGAAGCGCCUGCUGUGGAAGAAUUUUGACUACUUCGGCACAUUUCUCAUUAUUGCCGCCGCAGUUCUUGUUGUCUUCGCUUUUCAAAAGGCUGGGACUCAUGAACUCGACACAUUUAAUCGAGCCGCUUUUAUUGCCCCGAUUACUAUUGGCUUGCUUUGUUGGAUUGCUGUGUUUGGUUGGGCAUUCCUUGCGCACAAAGGCAAAUUGAAACCAGACCUUGUGCCAGCCCUUCCUUUCGAUCUGUUUCGAAAUCGCUUCUACACUUCUGCGGCACUCACCACAUUGCUUAUCGGCUUUCCGUAUUUGCAAAUCAUCUUUACAUUCCCGACUCGCGCUCAGAUUGUAAGUGGCAAAUCGGUCCUAGUCAGUGGGCUGGAACUGCUUCCUAUGAUCGGAGGUUCUGCUCUUGGGAGUGUCCUCGGUGGAAUGAUUAAUGGGAAAAAGAAUUUUCUUUUUGAAACUAUCGCCACUGGAUGCUGCCUCACUCUGCUUGGAUGCGGGUUGCUAUCUACAGUGCAUGGCAAGGCAGAUGAUGCCAAAGCGCUAGGUUUCCUGGUAUUUGCUGGGCUGGGAUUCGGACUAUCUACUGCCGCAGCCACUAUGUUGGUGAGCUUUGAAGCUUCGAUUGCAAACGCCGCCCCGGCCCACGGUAUCCUGGCCCAGAUGAGAAUCCUUGGUGGAAGCUUAGGUAUCGCUACAGCUUCAAUAAUUCUUCGCAACAAGCUUAAAAUGACCGGCAUGAUGUCUCGAGGUGGUGGCAAACUGACCACUGACGAGCUGAAGGGCGGCCCUAACCACGAUAUUGAAAGGGCGUACUCGGCAGCUUUCCGCACCGAUAUGACCAUAUCCACAAUUAUAUGCGGAAUUGCGGUACUAGUAUCUAUUCUAGGUUUCCGGCGAACACGUGUGGAUAUGAAUGAGCAGCGUGCCAAACUGUUUCGCGAGGAACAGGUACGACGCGCAGCUGUCAAUGUCUCGUCCAACGAGAACAUGGACAGCACGAGAAAGUAG